AUGUCUUCUCGUGGUGGAUACGGCGGCGCUGGUCGCGGCGGUGGUGGAGGACGUCGAUCUGACCAGUCCUCUGGUCCCGCUGCGUGGCCGGCACUGCAAAGCUCCGGCGUUCGCGGCGGGAGAGGUCGCGGUAACGCCGGACGGGGAAACGCCGCUCCCGUCGCUUCGAGCUCUUCGUCUCCUCCGUCGGGUGCUGUUUCCGGCGUCAUCGGAGCCGGUGACGUCGCUUCGUCGUCGUCCGUACGUGAGAAACCCAAGGCCUCUGGGUCUUCGGAUUCUGGUUCGUCUCUCGGUCAGGAGUUAGCGGAGAAAGUCCAGAUCACGACGGCUCCUCCGUCGUCCUCGAAGGCGGUGACGUUUCCGGUCCGGCCAGGGUUUGGUAAAUUGGGGAAGAAAGUGACGAUUCGCGCGAAUCACUUCCUCGUCCAAGUUGCGGAUAGGGAUCUGUAUCACUACGAUGUUUCAAUCACUCCGGAGGUUAUUUCGAAGAAGGUGAACAGGGACGUGAUGACAACGUUGGUGAAGACAUACGGAGAAUCACACAUGGCGAAGAAGAUUCCUGCGUAUGAUGGAAGGAAGAGUCUCUACACUGCUGGGCCUCUGCCUUUUGAGUCUAAAGAGUUUGUUGUGGAUCUGAAUGGCAAAAAACCCACUGCUUCAUCCAAGAGGGACAGGAAGUUCAAAGUUGCUAUAAAGCUGGCCUCAAGGCCUGAUCUUCAUCAGUUGCAGGAGUUUCUCCGUCGGAAACAGAGAGAUGCUCCAUACGAGACCAUCCAAGUUUUGGAUGUUGUAUUCAGGGAUCUGCCAUCCCAAAAGUAUGUUUCCGUUGGGAGGUCUUUCUUCGACCCGAGUUUGGGAAGGAGGGGUGAGCUUGCUGAUGGUGUUGAGUACUGGAGCGGGUAUUUCCAAAGUCUCAGACUCACUCAGAUGGGACUGUCUCUUAACAUUGAUGUGUCUGCUAGAUCUUUCUAUGAACCUAUCCUUGUCACUGAAUUCAUCGGCAAGUACCUGAAUCUGAGGGAUUUUAGCAGGCCACUGAGGGACUCGGAUCGUGUCAAGGUGAAGAAAGCAUUGAAGAGCUUAAAAGUUGAAUUGGCCCAGUUUGACUUUGCAAGAAGUACCAAGGUCAGUGGGAUUUCCAGCUGUCCCAUCAGCGAGCUAAGGUUCACGUUAGAGGACAACACCCAAAAAACUGUUGUGCAGUACUUUGCUGAGAAGUUUAAUUACAGGGUGAAAUACCCGGCUCUACCUGCUAUCCAAUCAGGGAGUGACUCAAGGCCUGCAUACUUCCCAAUGGAAUUUUGCCGGAUAGCUGAAGGCCAGAGAUACACCAAAAAGCUCAAUGAGAGGCAGGUGACUGCGUUGCUGAGAGCUACCUGCCAAAGGCCUGAAAUUAGAGAGAAUUCGAUCAAAGGGAUGGUCAAGAAUAAUAAGUAUAACGAGAUUGAUCUUGUGAGGAAGGAGUUUGGAAUGUCAGUGACCGAUCAGCUAGCCACAGUUGAGGCUCGUGUCCUACCUCCACCUCUGUUGAAAUACCAUGAAAGCGGCAGAGAAAAAAUGGUAAAUCCAAGGCUAGGACAGUGGAACAUGAUUGACAAGAAAAUGAUUAAUGGAGCAAUAGUUGCAUCUUGGACGUGCGUGAGCUUCUCUACUCGGAUUGACCGGAAUUUACCACAGGAGUUUUGCAAGCAAUUGAUUGACAUGUGCGUCAGCAAAGGAAUGCAAUUCAACCCACAACCUGCUAUUCCGUUCAUCUCUUGCCAGCCUCAAAGAAUUGAGGAAGCACUUUGUGAUAUCCACAAAAGGGCACCUGGUCUUCAGAUGUUGAUUGUAAUCUUGCCUGAUGUCACUGGGUCUUACGGAAAGAUCAAAAGGAUAUGUGAAACAGAGCUAGGGAUAGUAUCCCAGUGUUGUCAACCAAACCAAGUUCGUAAACUCAACAAGCAGUACAUGGAAAAUGUGGCAUUGAAGAUUAAUGUCAAGACUGGGGGACGGAACACAGUUCUUGAUGAUGCCAUUAGAAGAAGAAUUCCUCUGAUUAGUGAUCGUCCAACCAUAAUCUUUGGUGCUGACGUGACUCACCCUCAACCUGGAGAGGACUCGAGUCCUUCUAUUGCUGCGGUUGUGGCAUCCAUGGAUUGGCCUGAGAUAACCAAGUAUCGUGGGCUGGUUUCUGCCCAAACUCAUAGGGAAGAAAUCAUCGAGGACUUGUAUAAGCUGGUGCAGGAUCCUCAGCGAGGGCCAGUCCACUCGGGUAUGAUAAGGGAACAUCUCAUCGCAUUCAGGAGGGCUACAGGUCAAAAACCUCAGAGGAUCAUAUUCUAUCGCGAUGGUGUGAGUGAAGGACAGUUUAGCCAAGUGCUGUUGCAUGAGAUGAUUGCUAUACGUAAGGCAUGUGCCUCUCUCGAAGAGCGUUAUCUUCCGCCUGUUACCUUUGUCGUCGUCCAGAAAAGACACCACACACGUUUGUUUCCUGCUCAACACGGGAACCGUGAGACGACUGAUAAGAGUGGGAAUAUUCAGCCAGGUACCGUCGUCGAUACCAAAAUCUGUCAUCCCACGGAGUUCGACUUCUAUUUGAACAGUCACGCUGGCAUUCAGGGAACAAGCAGGCCUGCACAUUACCACGUGCUUGUGGACGAGAACGGUUUCACAGCUGAUGCGUUACAAAUGCUCACCAACAACCUCUGCUACACGUUUGCGAGAUGCACGAGAUCUGUCUCAAUUGUGCCACCGGCUUACUAUGCACAUUUGGCUGCAUUCAGGGCUCGUUACUACAUGGAAAGUGAGAACUCUGAUGGAGGUUCAAGCAGGAGCAGGAACACAACCGCAAGCACGAGUGCUGUUGUCUCGCUUCUUCCAGCAACCAAGGAUAACGUCAAGGACGUUAUGUUCUACUGCUGAUCAAACACUUCCUUGGCUACUAGCCAACCGAAAGGAAUGAUAAAUAAUGAACUCUCUCUCUACCUUUCGGUUUUGGUUUUUUUUCAUAACUUAUCUUUUGGGGUUUAGCUGUGAAUAUUUUGAAUGAUGCGGCUAAUAUUUUCUAUCGGGGCUUUUAUGCGUUUUGGUUUUCGAUGAUGAUCUGACUUCAGGUUUGUCGUUGUGGAAAAGGUUUUUCCUUAGACUGUUCUUACUCAGAAAUUGAACGUGUUCCUUUCUGUGUUAAUAACUAUUGCUACUCGGGGUUGCCUGUUAAUCAGAAAUUUCAGUUUAUAAAUCGGUGAAUCAUCUUAUGCA